AGAAUUUGGCGGAGUUGGCUGGUUUAUGAUAAUGCUGCUUAAUGAACAACGUCGCAUUAUUUCGCUCGUAUCGGUUGUUGCUUAGGUGGAACGACGCUCUGGUCAUCGAAGAAAUGUCGCGGAGGAGUGAUGCCGCAUGAGUAGAUAUUGCAGACGUGAAAAUAUUGCUUGGAAAAGUGUUGCUUGGCAAAGUCGCUUGAGGAUAUUUCUCAUGAGUGUCGCAUGGAUGACGAUGUCGUCGGUUGGUUGUGCCAGUGAGGUCGUACGAUUUCAUGUACUGUGUUCAGACGACACUGCAUAUGCUGGUUGCAAUACUGCUGAUGGAGUGCUGCUUAGCACAGAUGACAGAAACAUCUCGAUGCCUGGAGUGUGUCGCGUGGGUUGUUGCUUAGGUUUUGUCGCUGGGAAAUGCCGGAAGUGCUGCUCAGGAAAUUGCUGGUUUGUCGCUCAGGAGAUACUGCUUUGGUAAAUAAAUCGGGGUGCAGGUUUUGUUGCUCAGGAAGUGUC